CGGAAGUGCAGAACACUCGGAUAGCGAAUUGCUCUGCAGAAGUGCUCUGUUUUGGUUGGUGCUUUCUCCCAGACAGAAUGUGCAACUUGUUUCAAAUGUUAUUUGUACUGGGUUACUUCCUACAGUGGAGCACAGUUCAAGCGGAAAUGAACAUAUACUGUAUUCCUGGAAGCUCUGUCUCCUUUUCUGGAGUGGAUGAGGAGCAAAAGAACAAGGCUGAAUUCUUUCAAUGGAAGUUAACCCAUGGAAAUACAGAUAUACCAGUACUGCAGUUUCACAAAGGAGAUAGACGACCACCUUUGCUAAAAAAGUACGAUGGUCGCCUUGAUGUCUUCCCACUCAAUGGAUCAUUUGUCCUUCAUAAUUUAACCACUUCAGAUCAAGGUCUUUAUACACUUCACAUCAAUCUGCAAAAUAUCACGGUGCAAGCCAUUCGACUUUGGGUAAUGGAUAAACUAUCAAACCCUUCAAUAUUCAGCAACUCCACCUUCAUUGCUUCGACCAUCAUGCUGACCUGUAAUGUUUCUGGGCAGCCUCAUGAGUAUCAAUGGCAGAAAGAUGGAGCGAACAUCUCUCAACAUCACCAACUAGUAGAUGGGAACAGAAGCCUCAUCAUUCCGAAUGCUAGGAAAGAUGAUUGUGGGAUGUACGCCUGUGUCAUAAUCAAUCCCGUUAGCUCUGUCUGGGCUGAUUAUACAGUAACUAUUUAUGGCAUUCCACAGGAGCAGUACAUAAUUGUUGUUGCGUCUGUUGUAGGAUUGGUAUUCUCUGCAGUCUCUUUUACUGGACAGAUAGUGCGGUGCUGUUUGAAUAAACUGUUCACUCAACAAGCAUUACUGAUAUUUUUACUGAUCUUAUUCGCUGGUAACAGUACUUCUCUUGUUGCCACCUGCAUUGCUCUCAUUUUCUGGAUUUACAUUAAAGGUGCUACAAGUGUGUCUGUGGUGGCAUUAGUGUCUGUAUCCAUCAUUUUGGUCUUUACUAUGGUUGGCAUUAUUACUAUUUCGAACUUGGACUGGCUGUGCAUCAGAGGAUUCCUGGACAACACAAGUUUUCGAGGUUUACUUGAUGGUAGUGCUCCCCUGGCUUCUCUAAUUGUGAUUGCCAUCUCUAUCACAAUCCUGGUGGAGGAGAUCAGUCAGAACAAUCAAGGUUGCAGUGCCACUUCAUUAACAUGGAGCAUAUUGGGCCCAUCAUUGGUCAUUGGUCUUCUCAUCAUUUUGGUACCUGUUGCAAUAUGGCGCUACACAAGAAACGAGCGAAACGGAGAUACCGCAUGUGAAGAUGCACAGCAGCAGGCCGGAGAAUCUGUAGAACUAUGUUCUUAAAAUCAAGAUGAGCAACCGAAUAAUUCACGUUCCCUUUGAAUGGGUAUCAUUGCAUGUUGUAAGUGAGACACUUGGAUCUGUAACUCUUCAAAAAGCACUCAGAAAUGACCUGUGCUACUUGUUGGCUAAAUAUGAACGGGUUCUUCAUUUCAAGAACUUCAUUGGCCCUGAUUACAGACAGUGUUCAUUUCUGUUCUCAACACACAAAACUCUUUAUAACACAGGCCUCUUGUAUAAGGAACUAGUGUAGCACCUCCUUGAAGACAUGCUCAUGAUAUCUCCAUAACUUACAUGUUGGAUUAUGUUGAGAACAGCAAAUACUUGGUGCCAUGUGUUGGCUUUUGUGCACGUGCUCAUUGACAUUCUUUGAUGUGAGUGGGACAACCAAAUGAUGCAGCAUUUUCUCUUGGGCCUUUGGGACCAGGAGGAAUGAAAUAAGUACUAAUGUAUCCUUAACAGACCAUGAGGAAUAAUGUAUACAAACUGGAUAGUGUAAAGUCUGAACUGAGUUUAAUACCUGAUCAUCACAAGGAAAGAGAAAAACAUUGGAUGGAGACUGGAACAAAAAAGACAUGGAAAACUUUAACUGAAAGAUGCACUGCUAAAGCUAUCAACAAUAUUUAAUGUUUACAGGAAUGGCUAAACAUGCAUGAAAGUUAAUUUUCAGUUCAAAAACGAGAUAUUGUUUGGCCAUUAUUAAAAGCUAACAGAGUUAAGAGAAUGUUGAAACUGGAAAAAGCUUGAAAGUAAUUUAUAGAUUAUUGUAAUGCUUAUUCAAUAGGUCUACACAGGAUCUUUUCACUUCUAAAAAUUCAUUUGUGUGAAACGUGGAGGUGAUCUGCCUUCAUGAACUGCGGCAGCCCACCAGCUGUAGGUUGACAGACAAAGCCCUGAGUGAUGGAAUUCCAACGUUUUGACCCAGUGGCCAGUCAUUUCCCUGGUGACAACUUUAUGUAGUUUCUGUAACUUUCAUAAUGAAUUCAGCUAUGUUGCUGAUUAGAAUGAAAUAACUGCACAGAGGUCAGUAUCCCAGCACCGAGUCACCCUUUAUUUAUAGGUGCGUAGUACUUGAAACUGAUACAGCUCCCUCAGAGCCAGAUCUCUGUGUGAGCAGAGCCUCUGACACUCCUGUUUUUAUCUGUCAGCUAGGGCUCCCCGAUCGAGACUGUUAACCUGGUCCAAUCUGACCUGGUUGCAAUCUCUACAGGAUAGGCAGGCAGACUGGGAAACCCUGGAAUGAGAGUGGAGGCUGCAGGUUGCAAAUGCAGGCAUGUGCAAUGCAUGUUUCUGAGUGCUACCUGAUUCAUGACCACCACUUUGCAUCCUUUGUCCUUUACUGAGUUAGCAUCUACAAAUGGACGGACUGGACUGGCACACUCCAUAGGCUGAAGGGUAUUUGUUAGUGCUGUGGACCUAUAGAACUCUAAGAUUUCAGCUUAUUGAGAUAAACUAAUUGAACACUUUGGCAUUGCCUGUCAAACUGUGAAAUGGAAGGCAUUGUGCUGUGUUAAUGGAUUUUUGUGAAUGAAGUAAAUGCUGCACUAAUCCUGCAAUUAAUAAACAGGAAAAUGUGUGAACCUUUUGAGAUUCAGACAUCUACCUCUGCAAAAUCGAGCAGUGCUGGGCCAACUCUAUGAUUUAAAUGAUAAGCUGCUUCUGUAAUCUCAACCCAACCUGAUUCCCAAAUCAUCAAAAUAGGAAAUGUUGUAUGAGGAGGUGGGACUUUGGAUUUCUAAUGACUAUCACUGUUACUGUUGCUUUCAUUAAAGGAUAAUGCAAGGAUCCUGCUGUAAUGUUAAAUCUAGACAAUAACUAGAAGAACACAGAAGAAACUUGAAGUGAAUUCCAAAGAACUAUGACAUCCUUUCAGUUUGAUGGAAUUCUAAAGGUAGAAAUGAACUUUAUAAGUCAGAUGUUAUAAUCUCAAAUGUGCUGGGUACUUUGUUUA